UCUUGCUAUGAUCUGAGAAACACUGAAGCUCAGCGAUCUCAUGAUUUUAUGCUAGCUCACAGACAGGAACUGCUUAUGUAGUGUGAAUACAGUGUUAUGAUACGUUUGGACAGUUUCUCUAAUUGCUAUUUAUUGUAAGAGUCGUUCGUCCCACUUUUUGAGACCUUGACCUACCUUUGGCGCAGCAAGAGCCUUGACAUUUGUUGCCAGGUCUGGUCAUUAGCGCAAGCGCAGCUCUGAGAUUUGCGUUUCUUUACGAAGAUGCAAGUGCAGAGAGUCGUUCUUAAUUCACGACCUGGUAAAAAUGGGGAGCCUGUUCCUGAAAAUUUCCGCCUGGAGGCAAUAAAUCUGAAACCUGACCUAAGUGAUGGGGAAGUUCUUGUUCGGACGAUUUACCUCUCAGUGGAUCCUUACAUGCGUUGUAGAAUGAAUGAAGACACCGGUGCUGAUUACCUGACGCCAUGGCAGCUGUCCGAGUGUGUGGACGGUGGAGGUGUUGGCCUUGUUGAAGCAAGCAGCUGCAGCACAUACAUCAAAGGAGAUGUGGUCACGUCGUUUAACUGGCCUUGGCAGACACAUGCUGUUAUGAAAGGAAGUGGCUUACAGAAGGUUGACCCUCAAAUGGUUGAUGGGCAUUUAUCCCACUUUUUGGGUGUAGUUGGCAUAACAGGCCUCACUGCACUGUUAGGAGUCAGAGAGAAAGGUCAUGUGACCAAAGGGGCCAAUCAGACAAUGGUAGUAAGCGGGGCAGCUGGUGCCUGUGGUUCACUUGCUGGACAGAUUGGCAGGCUGGAUGGGUGUACAAGGGUGGUUGGGAUCUGUGGUACUGAUGAGAAGUGCAAAGCUUUAGUGGAAGAUCUGGGCUUCUCUGCAUCCAUCAACUAUCGUCACGGGGAUGUCUCUGCGCGACUCAAGGAGAGCUGUCCUGAUGGCAUCGAUGUUUACUUUGACAAUGUGGGAGGUGCCAUCAGUGAUGCUGUCAUGGAGCAGAUGAACAAAGGAGGAAAUGUGAUCCUCUGCGGGCAGAUCUCACAGUACAACAAGGAUGUGCCAUAUCCUCCACCCCUGAGCGAAAAGAUGCAAGAAGUCCUGCAAAAUAAGAACAUCACCCGGGAGCGAUUUAUGGUGCUCAAUUACAUGAGCAAAGCAGAAGCUGCCCUCUUUGAACUCAGCCAGUGGGUCAAAUCAGCCCAAAUUAAGGUGCUGGAAACUGUGGUGAAUGGUAUAGAGAAUAUGGGAGUUGCAUUUUGCUCUAUGAUGAAAGGGGGAAACAUUGGCAAGCAAAUUGUAAAGGUAUCAGAAUGAAGACUCAUGUUUCCAGCAGAGAUGGAGCUCCCUGCACACGCCUUGGUUAAAUAAAUCCACAGUUGCCUUUUUUUUAUCACUGCCAUUAACUCCAAGUAAAUGAACUCUUGUAAAAUAUUGCAUUGAUUAGCUAAUGCUAGUUAAUAACUAUGAACUAGAAAUUCUCUUUGAAACUGGGUAUUUGGGAAAAAUAAACAAAAGUGUAAGGUGGGAUUAAAAGUUUGAUCUGUCUUGAAGCUCAAAAACCAUAGUGACUUUUAGAAAAUGGCACAACAGUUAAUUAAACGCAUAAAUACAGGCAGAGUUGUGCAGAUUUUCAAUAAUAUCUUAACAUACAAACAUUGUCCUUUUCACCAUAAUAACAUAUAAGCAGGUAUCUACUAUAUGGAUGAAAUCAUCUUCUGGUGAAAGGGGAAACAAACAAAUCAGACAUAAAUUGUAACCCAUUUCACAUUCCCGACCAGGUUCAAAUUUGAAAGUGCUAUAGCCACGGGUGGGUCUAGAAAAUUUUUAAUGGGGGGGGGGGGGGGGGGGGGCAGGCAGGGGUACAAACUGGGACAAAGGUGGCACAUGGAAAUGAGACUUUUAGAAAGUAAUUAACUGGUUAUAACAACAAAAGUGGUCAUUUAAUGUAAAAAGUAAAGCAAAAUCUGUAUAAGCAAACAUCCAAUGAAUGAUAUACAGUACUCACAAAAAUGUAAGGAUAUUUCAUUUUUGGGUGAAAUUUGAGAAAAAAUGUUAAAAGUAGUAAAAUUAUAUCAUGAAUGCGGGGCAUUUAAAUAGAAUCAUGCAAUGCUAAUUCCAUGAUUUAAAACAUUUGAUCCAAACAAACGCUAGCAACAGUGUUGGGUAUACUCCAACAUAAAAAUGUCAAUGUCUCAGGGUGUUAGGUGUCAGAAAGAAGAGUUUGAUACAAGCUGUUAUUGAACAACAGCAUUUAAGCCUCGUUGCCACCGGCUGGUGUGGGUCAGGACGGGAUGGUUAGGGUUUGUAAACUGUAAUCUCGUUGCGUUCCCACAGCCAACCGUAACCUUACCUGAGAGGUGGACCUCAACGGAAAGGUCCCAACAAAGAAGGACGGGUCUGGUCUAAUAUUAGGGUAUCCUUCCCAGUUUUCGAGUGUGGAAACACAAUAAAGCACGUCCGGACCCACCCUGCCCCAGCCUGCACCCGUUGGUGGAAACGGUCUGAUUCUUGGUUCAGACGCUUUUUUUUUAGGAUUUUUGGUAGUUAAUCACCUUGUAAAAGAACCUCAUGUUAUGCAAUAAGUACUUAAGCAUUGAAUCGCUUUACAUGUGCAUUCAAAAGUUUAAAGAAGGUCAAAUUAAGUUCAUUAAUAAAAUCUCAAACUCACGGCCUGCUACCCAAAUGAGGCCAACCCUAAGAUAUUUUUGUGGACCCCUAUAUGACAUCAGAGUACUAGUGCGGCCUGUUAAUAAUUGAGAUUAUGAAGGUUAUAUUUUCUUUUCUUUUUUUUGGCACGGGGGAUUUUUGAAACACUUUCUUGUGAAAUACUUUCCUCAUCCAGACUCUACCUCCAGCGGCCCCGAGGCAAGCUGAGUUUGAGACUCCCAUUAUAGUGAAAUAUAGGUGUAUUCUGACAUUGUACAAAAAGUGAAAUAUCACCAACUUUUUUAUGAAUAAUGUAAAUAUAAAUAUAUAUAUAUUUUUAUCAAUAAUUGUUUAUUUAUAAUGAUCCUGCCUCGUAUGUGUUAAUCACUGCUAGACAGUUAUACUUUGUUGAUAAUGAGAAUAAUUUGUUUUAAAGCAAAUCAGCAGUUUACUAGUGUUUUUCAGCAUUACUGGUCAUUUAAUUUAACAGUUGUCACAUCUGAUGGUUCUAUGACUUUUACAUCCUCAACAGACAAGAUUAAUUACUCAUGUAGGCAGCUGGUGAGAUAAUGUUAUAAAGAUGCUGCAAUAUGAUCAAGAACAUGGUGGUACUGAUUUAGAAAAACCUAGAGAAGUACUUUACAUGCUGCAUUCACAUGCACUUGGACAACUGAGAUGUAUCCAGGCAAAUGCCAAUUUAAAUGUUGAAUCUUGGGGUGGCCAAUACCUCCCCAAGUCAUCCCUUUGACCCCACCCUUGACCAUAGCUAAAGGUUUGCAGCUCGAUUCUCACAGGCUUAAAAUUUUUUAAUCUGAGAGUUUUAUCUUGUUAUUAUUAAAGCAAUACAUUUGUCACAAACGCAGGUCGGGACUGUCCAGGACUCAGCCAUUCCAAGUAUGCUUUGUCAUCAUAAAACAAAUACUUUGCAUAUCAAGCAAAAAUAUAGUUUUAUGACAGAAUUAAAGUUGUUGAUAUCCAUCUUAAUGUUUAAACUACAGUGACUUUUUUAAUUAACUACCUGUUCAGCUGCUGAGCUCAAGUUCAACAUCAUGUAAAGAAAGCUGGAUUGUUUUUAUCAGUGUUGGGCUUCAACAAACAAGCACUAACAGAGAAUAUAGGAGGUACUGUAAUGAAUAGUUUUAUUUAUUUUUUAUUUCACAGCACUAUAAACCAUUAAUAAAAUAAAAUCAUGGUUGGCUCUAAUAAAAAUAUGUGGCAAGUGUAAAAUCAUCUACUCAUUCAUAUGCUUCGGAGUUUGAAUGCAGGAGGGGAUGCAGAA